CCGGGCCGAGCCGAGCCGGGCCGAGCCGAGCCGAGCCGAGCCGAGCCGAGCCGGGCAUGGCGCCGCUGGUGCUGUACCACUGGACGCAGUCCUUCUCCUCGCAGAAGGUGCGGUUGGCAAUCGCCGAGAAGGCGCUGAAGUGCGAGGAGCACGAUGUGAACCUGCCGCUGAGCGAGCACAACGAGCCGUGGUUCAUGCGCUUGAGCUCCUCUGGAGAAGUACCCGUCCUGAUCCAUGGGGAAAACAUCAUUUGUGAGGCAACGCAGAUUAUUGAUUACCUUGAAGCGACGUUUGUAGAUGAGGAAGUACCAAGAUUAAUGCCGGAGGAGGGGAGCAUGUAUUAUCCAAGGGUGCAACACUACAGAGAGCUUUUAGACUCCUUGCCUAUGGAUGCCUACACACAUGGCUGCAUCCUGCACCCCGAGUUAACAGUGGACUCCAUGAUUCCAGCCUAUGCUACCAGCAGAAUCCGCAGCCAAAUAAGUAACACAGAAUCUGAACUGAAGAAGCUUGCAGAAGAAAAUCCAGACCUUCAAGAUGCCUAUAUAGCAAAACAGAAGCGCCUUAAGUCUAAACUGCUGGAUCAUGAUAAUAUAAAAUAUCUAAAGAAAAUAUUGGAUGAACUGGAAAAAGUUUUGGAUCAGGUUGAGACUGAAUUGCAGCGGCGAAAUGAGGAAACACCAGAAGAUGGAAAUCAGCCUUGGCUCUGUGGUGAUUUCUUCAGUCUGGCAGAUGUGUCACUUGCUGUCACAUUACAUCGCCUGAAGUUCCUGGGAUUAGCAAGAAGAAACUGGGGAAAUGGAAAGCGGCCCAACUUGGAAGCUUAUUAUGAGCGUGUUGUGAAGAGAAAAGCAUUUUACAAAGUUUUGGGACAUGUCAACAAUAUAUUAAUCUCGGCUGUCCUGCCAACAGCAUUCCGUGUGGCCAAGAAAAGGGCUCCCAGGGUUCUUGGCACCACCCUGCUGGUCAGCAUGCUGGCAGGGGUGGGCUAUCUUGCUUUCCUGUGUCUUCGGAAGAGAUUUGCCAACAUGGUGCUAUCGAUUAGAACCAGGCAAAACUAUUUUUAGACCUUGUCUAUCCCUGGUGGUGAGUGAAGGGCAUCUCUACCCCCCAGGAAAAUAUCUCCAAUAAAAUAUAAACGUUGAAGAAUGAUUAUGUCUGUGAAUUAGAACAUUUUCACAGAGUAAUCGUCUCCUGCUGCUGUAGAGUUGGGUUGGCAAUGCUGAGAUAUUUUUCAAAAAUAUGUAUUGGGGGGAUGACGAAGGAAGAUCCUUUCUUUUCAGCCAAGGGCCUAUAACUGUGAUAGUGCUUUGUUAAAACAUGAUUAUUGUCUCCUUUACUCAGUAGCUGACCUAACUAAAAUGCUUUUAUUUAUUAGAUAUGCAGCAAUGUGGCAGCUUUUCACUGUAGAUUAAAUUAAUUAUUGUGCAGAAACCAGCAUUGUUAAAACAUGGAAAAUAGCUCUUACAUUAAAUGCUCAGAGUAAGAUUUAUUUGGAACAUUGUGCCUGUUGUGUACAGGAGCGAGUUUCUCUGUACUGAUCAUUGUCUGUUGAUUUGCAGUUGGACCUUUAAAAAUGUGUUAAAAAGUAGUCUUGUGAAGCCACUUCUGUCAGUGUAUGCUCAUGCAGCAGUACAGGAACAAGACCUGAAACAGGUAAGAACACUUGUGUACCACACAAGUGAAAUUCUCCAGAGGCAUCCACUGGACAACAGAUAACAGAAUUUUGCUGAAAUACAAAUGGGGGCGAAACACCGGACACUUGUCUUUCGACAGCCACAAACUCUGGAGGAAUCAAAUCAAACUAUCUUCGUGCACAUUUGCUGCUUUCUUUGGGGUGGCUUGAUACAGUUGCCUCCCUAUGAGUGUCCCGUGUACCCUAUGGUGUUUCACUCUCAGUGCUGGCUAGUUUUUGCACACUUGGCACAUGUCUCUGUAAAAUGCUUGCUCACAACGUGCCACAGCUGACUAGGAAACACAUGCAGAUCAAUGCCUUUUAGUAUAAGUAAUUAAAAAGAGGUCACUAUCUAUCAGUCUGGUUAGGUAGCCUAGAUUGAAGGUAAAGCUGAAAUUUAGCAAUCAUUCAGCUGAUGAUGCCUGUGUUUACUUAUGGAUAAGGGAUAGUGUUGAUGGUAAGUGAAAAAUACAGUAAGUUUGGAGAUGGUUUGUGCUGCUGAUUUUUUGCAAAACUUCACUCUUGUAGCAUGGAGGACAGGUGUAGAAAAACAUUUUGAUUACUUCCUACAAUUCAACAGAUGCUGUGAGUUUUAUUAGUUUUAGCUAAUUAAUAAUUAGCUCCUGUUUCAACAAGAAAUGUACAUUUACCUGAAAGUAGACUUUAAAUCAUUUUGCAGCAAAAAAAAGCAUUUGGGAAGGGCUGAGAAUUCUCAUGGGAGUUUAGUAAGAAUUUUGUAUGCUUGAUGAAUCUUUGAAAGCCUCAGAGUUUUGUUUACAAGUUGCACAUAGCCGCAACAAACAAAACAUAGCUUUAAUUGUUUGCCUAUCCACAAUCAGCGCUAACAGGCCUAAGUACAUUUUAGAUCUAGUGCUGGUGGAUGUGGUCUCUCUGUGCAAUUGCAUUUAGGUGCCAAGGUCAUCUCAAGUUUGGAGGAGAGAACUGAGGCAGUUUCUGUUUGGACAGUCUCAUCAUCUAACACAUAUCAAUAUGGAUAAAAUUAUUUAAUAAGCCUGCUCAUUAUUUAAUAUUGUGCUAGUUGUGUAGCAAAAGUAGACCUAAAUCUCUUUACUCAUUUUCAGUAAUUAGAAACAUCUUGCAUAGGAAACAAUGCACAUUUUUAUUUGUCAAAAAAACAGUUUUAUAUAAUUCUAUUUCAUGAUCCAGUGGGUCUCAAGAACUUGUUGACUUAAAUAUGCUCUAUUUAGAAAGCCUUUAUUAUCUCUAGAGUGGGUUUAAUCCAACAAUACUAUUAAUGUACUGGCAGCUUCAACUGAGUUUGUUGUUUGUGUUGGAGUUCGUCUGCAUUUACUUGUAGCUAUCAAAUUCCACUAAGUUAAUAAACAUAGGGUAAGACCUUUAACUUAAUGCUUCCAAGGCAUGUAUUUCUGUCAGACCACCUGUGAAGUGUAAUUUGAUCAAGUCAGAGUAAAAUUGAAUAUAUAGGACUUAACCUUCUUUGGAGUGAAGUGACCACCAGAUGUCAGUGGUCCUCCAGGACACUGCUCUGGCGUGCCUCUGAGGCAGGAAAACAGUACUUUUCAGAGAAAAAGUUUGUGAUCUCAGCAUAAGAGGGUUGUGAGCACUCUCAUCACACCACCAGUCUCUCCAGAGCUCUGGAAAUAACUCCAUGGUUCUACCACAGGUUUGUUCUCUGACACCUGCUACUUAUGCUUGUGUGGUUUCUAUACUGCGUAAAUGAGAGGCCAAAGUUGAAAUAAUACUUCACAUGAAAACGAAUGUUACUGAACAAAAAUUAAACUUGCCAUCUGCAAGGAUGAGCGUGGAUAAAAUUUUACUGUGGAAAAGUUUGGAUCACUGGUUUGAUUCAUGUCUGUUAGUUCAACUAUUCAGUAUCCUACUUAUUUUCACUGCCCUGAAGUACCUCUGUACAUUGAUUUCUGUACAGGUGGCAGCAAAAGGCUAAUCCAUGCUUAAAUUCCCCAAAAUAGGAUGAGAUUUAGAAGAACAUAUGCUGCAUUUGGCUCUUUGUGCAGGACAGCAUUGUGCUUGUAAAGUUUCUUUUCAGCCUGGCUUAUUUUCUUUCUGGUAGCUCUGUAUACUAUCUCGAUUGGGUGGAAAAGCAAACUUCUAGCUUUCAUUUACUAUUUGCUCUCAUAUCAUGCAUCAGAUAUAUUUCAUAUCUUUAUGUGGGGCCCACACAAUAAACAUAAAUUCUAAGACCA